AUGAAUAUCAAGAUGGACAUCAAGAUGGAGAUCAAGAUGAGUGAAAUAUCAGAUAGAAUAACCAGCAUGUAUAACGACAUCAUUUCGGACCAUCGGUUCAAUGGAGAAAUCCAACCUGAAACUAGUCUAGAUGACCUACGUACACUACUAGCAUCAAAACAAAACAAGUCAUGGCAUCUUACACUCGAUCGAGGACAUCUUCAAUCGCUAGAUUUGGUUGUUAGACCUAUACAGUGUGUGAGAGACUUGAAACGAAUUGUUAGAGCGGCUUGGACUCGUCAGCAAAUGGUAUCAUCCAAUCUUGUUCGUCAGCGUUGUAUUAACUGGAGAGGAAUAUGGACAACACAUCGACUGGCACUUACCACUGACUCUUCAUUAUUAGACCAAUCUACAGCUGGAUCUCGUAUUCUCAAAAUAUUAUCGAGAGAUCUUGAUAAACUCAAGGAUUGUGGAGUAUCAGAUGGAUCGCAUUUGAGGUUUGUGCGCGUACGUCGAGUUAAAAAGAAACUUGGGCUUGACAAGAGUGCUCGUCAUGAUCUGAAACGUAAUAGUAUGGGCAAUGCAAGACAGCAAGUUUAUUCUACGAUUUCUGCAAUGCCUCCUCCUUGGAGAAUCACGACUGCUGGAUCUGCCAAUGCACAUGUUCAAGGCACCCCAUUUCGUGUACAAUCCAACCAGCCCAUGUUGGGUAUAUACCAGUAUGGAAAUCUACCACCUUAUAGUCACCCGUAUAACGCAUACAUGGGUUCAUAUCCACCACCCAUCCCUCGCAUGUAUUACCCUCCACCACCUAAAUAA